AGCGGAGAGUCGGUGUGUGAAUCAUUAAACAGCGAAAGGUGGGUGUUCAUCUUUAUCCUCGUAUUAAAAGGGACUCAAACCCUGCAGAUCUACAGUUCACUCUCUGCACAGAAUAAUAAUCACACACUUAUUGAUCCCUGUGAAGAAAUGCUCUUUUUGAGCGUCUUAACCGUGGAGGUCAAAGGUCAAACCCAGCCGCCCCGGAGCUGCCGAGGAUUCAGAGCCUGUUGUCGGUCCUGUUUUUACCUCGGGAUUGCUGCAUCUCGAUUCAGGAGCAGUUCUUUUGAAGGAUGAGGUCCAGAGGGGUUCGACCUUUCCGACGACCUGAAGUCUCCAAUUAAACAGAGCGGAGCCUCAAACACAAACACAGGUGUGUUCAACAGGUACCUGUCAACAAACAUCUCAGGGUUCAGCUCCUGACUGACGCUCAAUAAAAAACAGGUUUUUACAUUUCUCACUCAGACUCUCUGCAGAUUUUAACUCAUUAUUACAUCGAAUAAAUAUUUACCAGUCAACAUCAAUUAAAGCAGAUAUUAAAUAUGUUUUAUUCAUAACCGCAGUUUAUUUAAAGACUCUAAAAACAUCAGAGUCAGACAGAUACGAUCAAUAAUACCAUCAUAAUAUUAUAAUUAUCUACUACCCUGAUGGAAACAGGCACAGACUGCAGACGUUGGUUUGUCAGUGAUGAGUGUGAUUAACCUCGACAAUAACUGUUUAUUUAUUAAUCCUGGUAUCUGUGGGGACUAAUAAGUCUUCAACGUCUAAAAUCAAAUAAUUUUAAUUUAAGGCCUUAAAAUGUCUAAAAUUCUGUUAAAAUGUCUAAAAUACGAUUUCGAAAGGUCUUUAAAAUGUGUGAAUUUUACUUACAAAUAAAUAAGGUACCAUAGAAACAAAGAUUGAUUUAAAGUCAUGUAAACAGUUCAGGUUUCCCUUCAUGUCUUUUCUACAGAUCUUAAAUUGUUUUCAUUAUGGUCUUUGAAAAGUCUUUAAAAGUCUUUAAAAAGUCUUAAAUCUGAGUUGUUGAAACCUGCAGAGACCCUGUUAUCCUGCUGAUUCAGUCAGUCAUCGUAGAAAUGUAGUGAACUAAGUUUCCGAUAACCACAGCAGCAUGUUACUCCACCAACUUCCCCGCAUGGAAACGUACAUUUAGUCUACGUUCACUCUGCAGGUUCUGAUGCACGAUUCAGAUUUUUUGUUAAAUCCGAUCUUUUUGUGCGGUUGUUCACAUUGCAACAAUAAAUGCGUCCGUGAAGUAACCCGCAUGCGCACAAAGCACAAAUAACUUUCCGCGCCUGUUUGUGUUGUCGAACAACGGUGACGUUUGUCGCAUAUUGAUGACGUAAAGGUCGGAUGAACAUCAGAUACAUAUCUGAUUUAUAUCCACAUACAAAAGAGGCCUGGGUCGGAUUAGAACCAAUCAGAAUUGACCUGUUCACACUUCGAAAGAAUCAGAAUUGACCUGUGGUGUGAACGUAGCCUUAACGUCAUGAUUGAUUUCUGUCAAUAUUAACUUUUAUGAUUUAUCACCAUCAGUUCUGUGAUGUUUGUCCUGCUUUUAUUUUGAUAUUUCUUCUGUCUUGUUUUGAUGUUGUUUUACUUCCUGCAGUGUGAAACUGUGCUUUUAUUUUGAAGUUUCAUAUUUUGAGUCGCGAUGUUGCGAUCGCUACUGUUAACGCAAAUUCAAUCAAUCAUCACGAAUUUGGCGAGGUGCUGCAAUUUUGUCCAAUCACUGCUUAGUUUCCGCAGAUUUGACCAAUGAACUUCGGCCUCUUUCGCCCGUGCCUUCACGUGACAUGUACGUCAUUAAAUUCACUUCCUUGUUUACAUUGAGAAGAUGAAGACGUGCUGCGCUAAACACUCUCAUUUACGAACAAAUAUCACAGCCAAAGUUCCUGCAAAUCAGUUUCCGGAUGAGUUUCAUGAAAGCGGACAUAAACUCCUCUGCGCUGAGUUAAAUAUUUUUGUCUAACAUGUGAAAAAGUCGUCGCUUUUUAACCGCAAAACAUGAAAGGAGAAGAGCUGAGACUGGAAGAGGACAGAGGAGACGAGUGACACUGACAGAGACAGAUGAAACCAGAACCACAGCAGGAACCGAGAGGGUCUGAAAGGUCUGCGUGGAUUUACUCUUUAAAGUAGAUGGAUUCAUGUUUUCAGUAUUUCAACUUGGAGCUUGAAGAUUCAUGUUUUCUCUAAAUUAUAAGACAGGGUGUGACCCGUCUCUCUGUGAAGACUGUUGUAGCAAAUAUGCAACUUUCCCUUUUUCUGCUAUUUUAAUACAAGAAGCCUCAAAUGACCGAAACUUUCACCACGAUUUCUUUAGAAAAGCUGCCGCAGAAUCAGCUGUUUUAGGUCGUCUCUCAGAGGAUCUACAGCUGACUCACUAACAGCUUCUUCUUCUUCUUCUUCUUCUUCUUGGUUUCUUUACAGGAAGUGACAGCCGGCGUUGACGACCACUAUCUUCAAGUCACGGUAACGCUGUACACUUAUUUUUAGCUCAACAUUAAUAUUUGGUGUUUGUUUAAAGAUAUCGCUGUUAUAUUAGGACACGCCCAUUCAAAGAUGAAAUAUAACGAUCACUUUGACUCAAAAUAAGUGAAAAUAAAAAGGCCACAGUGACAGAGAAAAGCACUUUUUAAAACUAGAAUAAUAAAGUAUUUAAUCACUGAAGAUGAUCGAUUUUAUGUCCAAUUUUUACUAUAAAUUAAAAAAAAAAUCACUUUUUAUUUUUAAGGUUUUUCAGCGUUUUGUUAAACAGAAUCUUUUUUCUGCUUUUUUCAUAUUUAUACCUGAUUAACUCGACGGUUUUGUCGUGACUUUUUUUAUCUCCUCAUUUUCGACUUUCACGUGACGUUUGGGAUUUCUGAAAUCCUGUCGUUUUAUCGUGGAGCUCAGACUGGUGUUGGUUUUUUAAAGUAGAAACAGGCGUCCAUAAAGGAGGUUUAGUUUGAUAAGAAAUUUAAUCAAAAGUUUAAGUGAUGUGUGAACGAGCGCUCGUCAACAGAGAGGCGGUUACCUCCAUCUGAUGAGAUAUUGAGGAAACCCUCCAUGAGCCAUCCCGCCGCACUUUAUUAUUACUGUUUAACCUUCCAGCGGCUCGUUCGCUCAGCUCCACACUGGGAACCAACCAUCAUAACUACAGCGCCAUACUGGGAGGCUGCCGUUAAAACCACAGCUUGUAACUGGUCAGCGCUGAGCAGGUCCAGCAGAGCAGCUGUUAAGACUUUACUGAACCCUGAAGAGAAUCCCCGCUCGCUCUUUUACUGAUCAUAAAUAUUCAGGCGGCGGGAUCAGACUCGAACCGCCGCUUCAGACCGCGCUGCUUUCUCUAUAAUAGAUGAUCAGGAAUAUAGAGAGUUUAACAGAUUUUCACCCAGAUUUCAGGAUCAUGAGAGACAGAGGAGAUAACUCAGGUUUAUGGUCCUCAGAGUCUCCUCUCAGGUGGACGUGGAGUUUGUUUUCUUAUUGUUCGAAUCUUCUUUUAUUUCACAAAACUGUUUUUUUUUAAACUAAACUAACCAGACGGCCAGAUGUACGUCUGUCCGAGUUCCCGCUCAUUUUGAAGGCUCAGUGUUCGUGUUUUCAGAUUAUAUCCCCAAUAAUUUCAUCAACCUGGAAAAAAAGGGAAUAUUUCUUUUAGCUGAAGAAGAUCUUAGCUCCCACAUGGACGGUGGAGGGUGUUUGAAAUGCGAUUCAAUCGGAUUUCUUCACAGACGUCUGUGUCUGAGUGCUUUGGCUGCGUAAACGGGGCCUUAAAAGUGUGUUUUUAUUUUUGUUUGUGCUUCAUUUGUAACAAAACAUUCAGCGGAAAGGACGAACCGAGGAGGACAGACGGGCUGCAGAGAGGCGAAAAACCAAAACGGAUCGGCUGCAGACUGUGAACUCUAAAGAAAUCAUGUCGAGUUUAAAAAAACAAACUAGUUUCUGGAUUAUCUGGAAAAAAAAGAUGUCAAUAACGAGACGAUGUAUCUGAGCAGGAGGUCAUUCAGAUUAUAAACUCUCUAGUUUGAUCAUUUCUAAAACAAAAUCAUAAAUUUAUAAAAACAAACUGAUUCUGGUUCAAACGCUCUGUGUGGUCAUCAUGAUUCAGAGUCUUCAUUAAAUUCUCUGUUUUCAAGUAUCUAUAGAGAUGAGCGAAUAAAUGAGCAGAUAAUCAAAAAGAAGAAGAAGAAACACUCGUUCUUUGUUUACACGUCUUCUUCUGUUUCCCUGUUUCUCAUUUUUCCUCUUGAUUUAUCAAAUCUAUUUCCUCGCCGGUUUCUUCGCCCUCGUUUGGCGAUCCUCCGACUGCAGUUUGAGGCUCUCAUGAGUGAGGAGUUUAUUCUGAUUGAUGCUUUUCUCUAAUUAAUCCAUUUAAAAACGACUUAAGAGAAUAUGACUCCAUUUAAAGACACAUUUAGCGCAUUAUUAUUUCCUGACUCCAUCGUUCACUCGGAGUCCUGCUGUCUCUUUUUCUGACACGCUCCCAAACGUCCACACAUUCACACCUGGAAGCCGCCCAGUUUAACCAGUCUGAUCCGCCGCUGUUCCAGAGCGGCACGACGCAGAAAUAAUUCAAACAUGAGAAUAGCAGAGGAGGAUUUUUGGACGUCGGCCCUUGGAAGGCGUUCACGGCGUUGCUCUCGACUCGGCGCUCGUUCACAGGAGAGGUGGCAGAGGAAGUUGUGUGAAGAAUAAAGUAGAAAAAAAAAAUGGCUGAAGGUUCAAACAGCGACCUUCUUCUUCUCAGCUCCACACAUCUGGCGGUCUCUGUGUGAAGUGGGAGUGAAGGUUGGAUUCAGAAAAGUUUGACAAAUUGUCACAAACAGCCAACGUUGGAGAGGUGUGAGGAAGGAGGAUUCGCCGCGAUGCUCAGACUUCAGACAAACACUCGAGCGGGAGGAGGAGACGCGUCUGUGAAGGUCUGACUGGAGAGCGCCGGAGGGCCGGAGGGGAGCGGCGGCAGCUGGGCAACACCCGGCGUUACACAAACUCCAUUUCACCUCCACCUCAAAGGAGAACGUCAACGUGAUCGCUCACCGGGCGUUCAAUCAAUCGUCAUGAAUGAUCCGCCUCAGCCUGUCGACGCUGUGGUGAAAAUGUGACUGUCCGUCUCAGUCCGGUUUUCAGCACAGUUGUGAGAUCAGCUGGAGGAGCUCCUGGACUUUAGGAAAAACCUGUCCUGCAAUCUGUGCAACAACGGCGCAGCGAAACAGGAUCUACAAAGUUCCCUGAAGCUUCAGUUAGUGUCCCGAACUUUUAUUCACCUCAACCGACAAUUAGAGAGAGACUUUUUUAUUUUCUCAUGAAGUCCUGAGUAAAACCUGCAGUUCCCUGAGUGUCCACUAGAGGCAGUCUGCAGAAGCACCAGAUCUUACAUACACACUCUUUUCAAAAAGGCCAAAAUAAACACGUCCUCAGUAAACAAGGUAAGGGUUCAAGUUUGACCAAUUAGAGGCUUGAUUGACAGGUGUUGGUGAAGCCCCGCCUUCACUCUGCCUCUUUUACCGAAAGUGAAGUCGGCAUUUCUGACAGACUUCGGAAACAAAAGGGUGACAUCAUGUUUAUCUCAAAUUAACUUGUAAUUUAGAGUCAUUAAGUGUGAUUAGGAUUAAGAAGGUGUUCGCUGUAACGGUCGGGGAUUUACUGGAUUUGAUGCUUUAGGUUACUGUCUCUUUAAAGGGAUAUUACGAAAUAAAAUCAAACACACCAUAACACCGAGUUAGACCCCCCCCUCCAGAGAUGAAUGUUGUCGACCGCUUGCUUCUCUAGUUAUACCAACUUUAGUAACGACCGCAGGAUAGAAAUACAGAGAGCCACGCCCCCAACCAAAACGCCACUCUAUAGCCACGAAGUCACAUGAUGGUGGAUGGUUUGAAGUUCGGCAGUGAGCAGGAAUCGUUGUGGAGGGGUCAGCUGAUCGACCGAUCUCCAGCUUUCCUCCGCCUGGUGCUGCAGCUGUGAGUGACAUUAAAGGUGUAUUUAAAAAUUCAAGACCCCAAAUACGGACAAAAAAAGUCCCAUAUUAGAGUCAAUACGGUACUUUUCUGGUGAGGGAUUGACUGUCAAACAGCUGUUUUCAACGACAGGAUGAAAAAAUGAACAGAUGAAUAAAAAGUUCAUGAAUCAGCUGAAGGCCUCAGAUUAGAGACGCUCAGACCCUCUUUAACCCGAACUCUCAGUGUUCGCACAGAUUCAACUCGACCUCCGAGUCGUCAGUCAGGAGCGAGUGUUUGUCGUGUCUGUCAGAGGAACAUCUUCACCCAGAAUCCCCCCACCCUCCGGUGUCAGCACCCACAUGGGAGCGUCAGUGUUACUGCAUCUGUGGAAACACGCUCAUCUGCAGCCUCCAGGAACACACACACGCACACACACACACACACACACUCACACACACACACGGCCUUCUGUUAAAUGGAGCGAUUCACAAGAAAAUCUGCGGCUUGGUGAGGGACACACACACACAAAUACACAAACACACACAAACACACACUGUGUAUGAAUAUGGAGCAAAAAGGCAGAACGAUAAACACACUCUUGUACACUGGAAGCACUUAGACACACACACACACACACACACACAUUCACAGUUUUGGGGGGGCACGGCAGCUUUCAUUCCUGACUGUAUCGCGCGGAAAUGUGAUUUCACACUGAACUUUUCAACCCGUUCUUUCAGGAGAAGGAGCAGAAAGACGCACCAAGAGUGGCUCUGAACACAUCAGUAUUUUUGGCAGCUGCUGAUGCUGCGACGUGGAAACCCUCCCCCCUCUUCCCCCUCUUCCUCCCCCCUCCUCUUCCUCCCCCUCCCUCCCUCCCUGACAAACAGCCUGAGAUGUUUUUAGACUCGGUGCAGGAUAUCAAGGUGCCACAUUGUGAGUUUUUACGAGACAAAGUAAAUACGUCUUUGGACUAAAAGCUCCUUUUUCUCUCUGCAGCUGUACGAGUCGUUUUGAACAUCAGAACAAGCUGCUGCUGAAAUUUACCGAAUAAAGACUUUUUAUCGCAAUUUAUCUGUUAACAUGUGACACCGCUGCAGCGAAAUAAGACUCUAAAAUCUUCAAACUGAAGUUAAAAUAUGACCUGAUGAUCACAUUUUACAGCCGCUUCAUUUUUUGGAGACGUUUAGUAUUUAAGUCUUUGUAAUAAUAGUAAAUAAACGGCUUUUAGACCUUAUAUUGACCUGCUGACCAGGAGCAUUGAUCGCUGUUAGUAAGUGCUAAAUUAAUUAUUCAUUCAUUCUAAUAAAGCAUUAAUUAUCACCUGAUAUGUUCUUAUUCAUGUUUAAUAACAACAGUAUAUUGUCGACAAGAUUCCAAUAAGCAAUAAUAAAUGUUCGUUAUAAAUAAUUAUCAAUCAUUAAGUAAUCCCAAAGUCUAAUUCAUGUUAAAUAAUUAACUUUUGAUUUAAAGUAGAAACGAGUCUCUAAUAAGAGCCCAUAAAUGUGUUAAAAGAUAAAACUGUUUUAAAAUACCUAAUAAGGUUUUAUAAGUGGAUUAUUAACAAAUAUUUAUUUUUUAUUACAAAGACCUUAAAAGUGUUAAAACAUUUUAAAAAUUCCUCAAUGAAGUAACUUUGUAAAAGUUUAUUUGCCGGUAGGACAUCCAGAGAGAACCUCAUCAAAGUUCAUAGACUAAAUAAGCAUCAAAGAAUCAGUUUUUACUUAUUCUACAUACUUGAAAAGUAUAAAGAUGACUUUUCAAUACCUGAAAUAUAGGAAGGGCAACCAGAGAAAGGACUGUUUAUUAUUUAAUAUUCUGUAAGAGGAUUCAAAGGGAGAACCUAUCUGUGUUCAAUAACCUGAGGUCAGUGUUCAUCAUGAUGUAUGUGCAGGUAGAGCAUCCAGAUUGUACUUUUUCAAUCCUUCAUAUUAUGUCGAAAGAGGAACCUUUCUUCUGUAAUGAACAGGAACAACAUCUAAAGACAUUUUCAAAACAUUUCAAACUGAUCAUUUUUAUUCUGGAAGGACAUCUAGACGACACGUUUUAUGUCUUCUAACCUGGAACAGCAUUUAAAGACUUUUUUAAGGUGGAUCUAGAGAGACCUGGGAGGGCAUCCAGAGAGCAACUUUUUUCUAAUUUUAUUGACAUUUUUUUUAUUUCUGAAAGAAAACUUAAGGCACUUUUUACAGGUGAUAUAUUCUGUCAGGACCCUUUCUCGCACUUGAAAGGGAAAUUUUACAGGAAGGCAGUGUAACCAGAGAGCACUUUUAGCAUAGUUUCUUUAUGUUUUAGAUACAGGAAGGGCAACCAGAGAGCAACUUUUAGUUAUUUGACGUCAUUUAGACAUUCCAUCUUUGUGUUGUACAAACUUGAACAGCAUCACCGGGAUUUUUUUUGUUCUGUUUUAUAUGCAGGUAGGACAUCCAGAGAGCACCUUAUGUGGGUAUUUAUAACUAUUUUUGAUUCUAUUUAUGAUACUAAAGAAAAAUUACUCAUGAGUACGGCACGGCUCACUGUGAGGGAGGUGAUAAAAAGAGAAGUAAAACGUGUUCGUUGGAUGAACUCAGAGGUGAAUCUAAAGUUUUGUGUGGAUUGAAGUGGAUCACGGUGAUUUAUCCGUCUAAUGUUAAUUAAAUAUCAAUAAAAGUAAAUAAAAAUCUCUGUUAGCCUUUUGUUUCCCGUAGUUGACAGAGUCACAUGCAGGUUCAUUUACAGGAAGUCGUUGAAUGCGGUUUCAGAAAUGUAAAAACAGCGAUGAGGUUAAAAAAGAGAUUCAACAGGAUUCAGAGACAAAAGCAGAAAAGCCGUUUUUGUUUUGAAGGAUGACUUUCCUGCGGCAUCACCUUGACAUUUUUGAUUUCUAUAGACGUUUGAAUCUGACGAAGAGUAAAAGCCAACUUUAACGACUAACAAAGGCUUUUAAUUAACUCGUCUUGAGUGUGUUUACUGGAACCACAAACAUUUUAAUCCUUGACUAAACUAUUCCUCUUUAUUUUCUCACCUGUGAGGAGCGAAAUCGUUUUUUGCCUUUAAGAAUUAUUCAAAUCAAACAAUCUGAGAAACUUUGGUCUUUGGCAGAUCAUUAAAGGAGGAACAGGUUUACUCUCAGGCGUUUCUUUAGACUCCAGCACCUGUGCCGAGGAAACGUCGACAAACUCAGUUUGUGUGUUUUUUUUUCGGAGGCAAACUUCUGGAGUUCACGGCUCCGUCUGAUUUUCUUAUAAGUCUACAAGUGAUGAUUUAUGUAGGAACUGCGGCGCCUGUUUUGAUUCAGUCUCCCGCUGCUGCGAUCUCUCUUGAUUUUCUGUCUUUUAACACUCGCUGAAAUGUGACUUUUCCAUAAAUAAAUGAGACAAAAAAAAAACAGACAAUUGAGGACAUUUUGCUUUUUCGUCCUAAUUAACUGAAUCGGUUUCAGCAUUUUAAUUUUUUUUUUUUGUAUUGUCUCCUCACGUUGCACACCAUCUGGCUCCAGACAAACUUUUUCAGUUUCCAGUCGACAGUGUGGGAGCGUCAGCGAGGAAUUGUGAAUUUUUUUUUCUCUUAAAUGAGAUAAAUUUAUGUUUUGAUGCCACAUUUGAAAGUUUUUUUCCUUUUUUUUUUGUUUUCUGUUUUUGCUGCAGGAGAGUUUUGUUCUUCUUCUGCCGAGAAAAAGAAGAAACAACAGCUGGAAGAGGGCAGAGAGGACGCACACACACACACACACACACACACACACUUACUUAAUCUCUUCAUACUCACAGUUUUUCCUCUUUUCACACACACACUCUGCACCCAGUCACACUUUGCAUCUCUUUCACACACGUAUUCACACAUUUCUCAUUGUCACAUUCUUCUUAUUUGCCUACACACACACACACACACACACACACACACACACCAACACUUCCUCUCCCUCCAUCUCACAACAUGAACACACUCUUACUCACUUUCACUUUCUGUCUUUAAAUUUGUCUUUCUGUUCUUUCACACACACUCACAGGCUGUUGGCAGAUGCUGGGAUGUCCUUGGUGUGUGUGUGUGUGUGUGUGUGUGUGUGUGAGUUUGUGUGUGUGUGUGUGUUGGGGGGGGGGUGACAGUGAAAUGAUGUGAACGUCUCUCUCUCUCUCUCCCCUUUUUUCCUCCCGACCCGACACUUGAGUCGAAUGUGUGUUUUUGUUUUGUGAGGAGGUGCUGCACUUCACACACAAUCUUUCAGUGUGUGUGUGUGUGUGUGUGUGUGCGUGCAGUGAGUGAAAGAGUGCUAAAAUAUCCCUCUCAUGUUACUUUUGUUAAAUUUUAUUUAAAUGGAAAUAAAACGUUUCGUCGAGCAAAAGUAAACUCACUCCCUCGAUGUUUUUUUCUUUUGGAGGUGAAGUGAAGUUAGAGACCUCUCUGAAACGACGUGAAACCGUUUGUUUCUAAACUAAUUAAGAGAAUAUGAUCAACAGAAUAAAUAUGUAACACUGUUACGGUAUUAUCGACACACGAGUAGAAAAGUUCACCUAAAAAAUGAAGAAGAAACGUGAAGAAGGAGAGGAUGACUGUGUUCAUUCAGCCUGUUUUUUAUUGAAGAAUGACGGAUUUUAGUGUAUUUGAGUUUGUGUAAUUAGUGAUUGUUUUAGCUCAUCAUCUUAACUAGAAAAAAAAGAGUCAGUAACGAAAAAUUUUCAUAAUUUUCCUAAAACCCCCCCAAAAAAACGGUGUUGACGUCAUCUAAUCUGAUGCCAAAUAUUUUAUGUAGUCUGACGGUCCUGAGACACCGGGGCUGACGCAAAUAUACGAAAUAUUCUGAGGCGAAUUCUGACGCGCCUGACUGAACACAUCAAGUGACUUUACGGUGGAAAAAAGACGUUUAUCAAACUGUUAAAGCUCACAAACCAUCGUCAGAUGAGAAAUCCGACGCUAUGACUCUCCACAAGUCGUCCUUCAGGUCGUUAUCUUUGUAAUGUUUGUGUUUUUAUCAAAAAUCACUCUGUUCUCUGACAUGUAAACAAUCAGCCGGUCGGCCAUGUUGGAUAUACCGGUGAAUCUGACGUCGCAACAACACGCAAUCUGAUUGGUCAGAAGUGGACACACAGUCUGUGAAACUUUAGAAAAAUCGACCGUGAUACGAAAAAAUAAAUGCAGCAAUAUCGCAGGACGGGAAAACGUCGCUGAUGUGAACGCUUGUAUUGACAGGAUACGGGUUCGAAAAAAAAUAUUGACCUCUGAAAUAAUCGCACGACAAAAACAGUCCCAAUGUGAAAGGACAUUAAAAAAGAAAAAGAAAAACUUUUUAUCAUUUAGUAUUUUUUAAUUUGUGUCCCAUCUGUUAACAUGGAGGGGGCGGAGCUUAUGAUAGGUAGAGGGAGCUCUAGAUGUUUCGGGGAGCUGUCGUGAAGUUUUGGUUUUAUUUGUGUGAUAAAGAGAAUAAGACGAGGACAAAACAGCUGAAGGAUCUGAGAGAGAGAGACAGAGAGAGAGAGAGUUUCUCUUGAAGGACGUCGUCAGUAUACGAUGUUGGAGAGCUCUGCCUUUUCUAUAGAGACUAAAUGUUCGUCCUUGUGGAGAAAACAGAAACUUAAGGGUGAAAACUCGGUUUGACGGCGAGACUCAGAGAAACAAAUGUGAGUGGAUUUAACGUCGUCUGGGGAGACGAAAGAACACCUUCAGAAAAAAACAAACAAUCGUGUGUGUGUGUGUGUGUGUGUGUGUGUGUGUGUGUGUGUGAAGCCAAGGUGGAGCAGAAGCUGGAAACCCUGCCAGAGACAGCACACACACACACACACACACACACACACAGAACACGACAUCAAACCGCGGCGCGCUCCUUCUCUCUGCUGCAUCAAGGUCGUCCAGCAGUUCUUCACAGCAGAGAGCAAACGAGUCGGAGACAAAGAGACGAAAACCUCCAUGUUUGUCAACGCCGCAGACACACAACCAAGAUUUCCCUCCAGCUACACACCAAAUAACAACCCCCUCCCGCCCUCUCUGACCUUUGAUCUCCACCGUGUUUGUAAUGUAUAUUUACAACCUCGCUGUGUGAAAUACUUCACUCUGAUCGGUCUAGACCCUUCUAGUGAGGAGCGGCGUGGUCCAAGUCCGCUGACAGGAGUUCGGCACAUUCCCCCCUCUGACUGACGUCCUCCACCUCAACAUGGAGGACAUUUUUAUUAUUAUUCAGAGCAGGAAACGAGACGACUGACCAGCGUCCAAGACAGGAAGUUAGAGAGGAGGGAUGGAAAGACACAAAGAGACGUCUACCAAACUGAAGAAAACAGGAGAACAAAGUUUUUGGAGAGUUAAAGUUCACAGCGGAGUAUUUUCGAACUUUGUAAAUAAAUUAUCUGUGGGUGAAACUUUCGUUUUACGAGGACAGGAGACAAAGUAAAACCUGAAAAGUUAAUUUACUGAUUUGAAUUAAAACAAACCGCAACCGCGAGGACUAAUGGAUGAGAGUGAGUUGUUAAAAAAUUUUGGAGAAUCAUUAUUUCUUUAAAAAUCUCAAUUUAUAACAGAUUUCUAACCUGCAGUUGUCUCACGCACACCAGCGACUCUGGCUGACUCUUUCCUCUUAGCGUCUUCGUUCGUCUUCAUUUAUCCUCUUCACUUUCGUCUCUAAGGUUAAAAUCAGAAAGGUUGGUCAAAUGACGUGGUUUCGCACCAUUGGGUAAAAUGUUACUAAAUGACUAAAACAACAAUAACGGCCAAUGAGUGAAAAGAUUUUUUCUAGUUUUAUACAAACUUAAAUAUGUUGAGAGAUUUUAGAGUUUUUUUUUUAAACCGGUUUAAACAUUGAUCAGAUUAGGGCUGAGCGAUAAACCAAAAAUUUACCGAUAACAAAAUUUACACUCACCGGCCACUUUAUUAGGUACACCAUGCUAGUAACGGGUUGGACCCCCUUUUGCCUUCAGAACUGCCUCAAUUCUUCGUGGCAUAGAUUCAACAAGGUGCUGGAAGCAUUCCUCAGAGAAAUUGGUCCAUAUUGACAUGAUGGCAUCACACAGUUGCCGCAGAUUUGUCGGCUGCACAUCCAUGAUGCGAAUCUCCCGUUCCACCACAUCCCAAAGAUGCUCUAUUGGAUUGAGAUCUGGUGACUGUGGAGGCCAUUUGAGUACAGUGAACUCAUUGUCAUGUUCAAGAAACCAGUCUGAGAUGAUUCCAGCUUUAUGACAUGGCGCAUUAUCCUGCUGAAAGUAGCCAUCAGAAGUUGGGUACAUUGUGGUCAUAAAGGGAUGGACAUGGUCAGCAACAAUACUCAGGUAGGCUGUGGCGUUGCAACGAUGCUCAAUUGGUACCAAGGGGCCCAAAGAGUGCCAAGAAAAUAUUCCCCACACCAUGACACCACCACCACCAGCCUGAACCGUUGAUACAAGGCAGGAUGGAUCCAUGCUUUCAUGUUGUUGACGCCAAAUUCUGACCCUACCAUCCGAAUGUCGCAGCAGAAAUCGAGACUCAUCAGACCAGGCAACGUUUUUCCAAUCUUCUAUUGUCCAAUUUCGAUGAGCUUGUGCAAAUUGUAGCCUCAGUUUCCUGUUCUUAGCUGAAAGGAGUGGCACCCGGUGUGGUCUUCUGCUGCUGUAGCCCAUCUGCCUCAAAGUUCGACGUACUGUGCGUUCAGAGAUGCUCUUCUGCCUACCUUGGUUGUAACGGGUGGUUAUUUGAGUCACUGUUGCCUUUCUAUCAGCUCGAACCAGUCUAGCCAUUCUCCUCUGACCUCUGGCAUCAACAAGGCAUUUCCGCCCACAGAACUGCCGCUCACUGGAUAUUUUUUCUUUUUCGGACCAUUCUCUGUAAACCCUAGAGAUGGUUGUGCGUGAAAAUCCCAGUAGAUCAGCAGUUUCUGAAAUACUCAGACCAGCCCUUCUGGCACCAACAACCAUGCCACGUUCAAAGUCACUCAAAUCACCUUUCUUCCCCAUACUGAUGCUCGGUUUGAACUGCAGGAGAUUGUCUUGACCAUGUCUACAUGCCUAAAUGCACUAAGUUGCCGCCAUGUGAUUGGCUGAUUAGAAAUUAAGUGUUAACGAGCAGUUGGACAGGUGUACCUAAUAAAGUGGCCGGUGAGUGUACAUCAAUAACCGACGUCAUUUUGCCCAUAUCGGUAUAUUCAGUGUCAAAUAAAUCAAUAGAUCAACGUUGUUUUUGGAUGUGUGUAGGUAGGCUAUGGUCUCAUGUCCCUUUAAGACGCUGUCCUACGUCAGAGACGUUACUCCGCCCCCUCCAGUCUGUAACAAAGAGGGAAAGACAGGUGAGGAGAUGGAGGACGGAGAGAAAGUUGUAGCGGCUGAAGUAGAUGAAGUUAAUGUGGGAGGGGGUGAGCAGCUGGUGGAGUAGUUAUCGUCCAUUUAUCGUUAUCGCGGUGAACUGAUCAAUACAUCGUGAUAUUGAUUUGAGGCCAUAUUGUCCAGCCCUAGAUCAUAUCAAUAACGUCUUGGUCGUCGGUAAAAGAGCUUGUUCAGCUAACAUCACGGCUCAUGCGUUUGUCGAGUGUUUUGGUACGUGACAUAGAAGUUUAUAAACCACUAACAAGCUGAAAGAGGGCACAUCGCCCCCUUGAGGAAGUUGAGGUAAAAGUGCUACUUUCUGUUCAUCGUGGGGUCUGCACUGUGGAGCAGGAUUUUUGGUUGUUGGUAAAAAGAUGAAAAUCUCUGAGGAGACAAAUGAACAUAUUUGAGGUGAAACUUCAUGAAGAUUUUAGUCAAACUCAAACAUUGAAAACAAAUCCAAACUGCAGCGUGAUCCGACAUGUAAACGUGUCGCUGCUGUUUGCUUUAAAUCGUCUGUUUUAGCCGAUCAGCUCAGAAGAAGAUGAAGAAACAAACAAACGCUCAGAAGAAAGAAAUCAAUCCUCUGACUUUUCCUUUUCUUCUUCUUCGUGUAAAAGCAGCAGGAGAGAGAAGAAAACAGAGACCUGCUCGGCGCUCAGACUCACGUGAUGUCAUUGAACACAUCUUUUUAUAAACUCAUAUUUUAAUAAUGUUGUCAGAACAGAGGAGCGCCGAGCCGCUGCGUCUCAGAAUAAUUUUAAUAGAACAAACAACAAACUAAGUGACAAGAGAGCGUUCAGGUUUUAUUUCCCCGGUUUUUGUUUUUCUUCAUGAGGAGUGAGACGCUCGCCGCCGCCGUCCCGCGAGGAUCUCUGCAUGUUUGUUCCCAUGAAGAACCUUUGACUGCGUUUCUUAUUGUUUCCUCUCUGAACUUCAUCUAAUCAGACUGAAAAAACAAAUUAAGAGUGAAACAUGGCGGUGACCUGGGAGUGUUCGCCGCUCUGUCAGGACGGACGGCGUUUCGCUUCAGUCCCCGCUGAGGACGCAGACGCCUUCAGGAGUACUUUUUAAAAACCGCGUCUGUUUGUGUUUUAUCAGUUUAACUGUCUGGGCGAGAACAAAAACAACAACUUUUAUUAUUAAAUCGUCCGUUUUAGUAACCGAGCGUCCUGUAGGAGUUGGAGUGGACGAGCUCCGGCCUCAAUCAUCUUUUAUUAUGUCGAUUUUUCUCUUUGUAAUUGUUUUGAGGCGGCGCUCGGCUCAUUAAAUCGGCUUUUUAAAUCAUCAUCUCGACAUUCUGACAGCUCUGUUCAACGCGGCCCGUGAGGGAUCGAAGAGUUCCUGGGAUGGUUUAAUUCUGCCAGUUUAGAGGUCACGGGUAAGGUCAAGUCAGGUCCAAGGUGGAUUACUUGUAAAGGAUAGGGGGCAGGGAUUCAGAUGAGGGGCGGGGAAAGAGAGAGAGAGGAGAAAGAGGAGGAGUCAGAGGACAAACAAAGAUGGACAAGUUCAACUGCACAGGUUCAAGAGAAGAUGAGCUGCAGGUGGUCGAAUCAGGUGCUGAACUUCUGUUAUCACUCAGGAUGAUGUGCACGGAUUGCAGGACAGGAUGUUGCUCCACUUCAGGAGGUAAAACAUCGUUAUAUUCCUGAAAUAAGCGCUGACAUUAGGGUGACCACACGUCCUCUUUUACCUGGACAUGUCCUCGUUUUCGGAGAGCUGUCCGGGGAAGUUUAUAAAAACUUUCAAAUGUUUGUAGUUUUGUACGUAAGUUUCGAUUUUGUGUCACAUGGACUUAAUGAGUGAUGAGUUUUUUUAAGUAAUGUGUUUAUUUUAAAGGGAUGUAGGUCAGAGUUGGCCUUUGGGGUUUGUUCUGUUGUGGUUUGAUUGUUGUUAUAUAAGUUGUAUACUGUUUAUGAAAAAAUGUUAAUAAAUUGUUAAUAAAAUUGUAACCACAGAGAAAUUAAACAUGCAAUCGGCAAAUCUUUAAAAAAAUAAAAAAAAGUUUUAUUAAGUGUGAAAAAAACAAAAAAAAAAGCAAAAAGGAGCAUCUGUAUAUAAAUGGACAAAAUAACCCAAACUAAACUCCCCCAUGACAUCUGAGCGUUUGGUUUGUCCCAGUUAACCCCCUCUGCUAACUCAAGGUGUUCCAGCUCUCGGCCACGCCCCUUUUCUCAAACCAGGAAGUCCAGUCCUCAUGGCCAGGUAACUCUCAGGUAUGUGUGCACUCAAACUAAACAAUGUGCGAAGAGGCCAAAGGUAGUUUGGCCAAGUCAAACUCGGAGAGUAAAUUGUUUUCAUUGAGAACGGAUUAAACCAAACAGCUGAUGAUGGGAAACUCAUGGAACCAGGGUGUGGGAGAGGUGGAUGUUGUUCUUACGUGUCUGCGGACAUUUGAAGUGAGUCACCCUCCGCUGGUGUCAGAAGAUGCAAAUGAGUCUCUGAAUGUGGACGCAGGUUUAUGCAAAGUGUUUCACCGAGUCAAUAUGAAAGGAAAUCUGUCAUGAAGUAAAGACAGAAAAUAAAAGUCUGUUUGUUCCAGUCAGAGCUGCAGAGAAACGUCACAUCUCCAGGUUCCUCCUGCUCCCUGACAGCCACCAGAGCGAAGCCACAUUUAUGGGUUUUGUAUGAAGAAUAAAACCUGUUGAUAUUACUCGUCUGCAGGAUUUUAACUACCUCGGAAAAUUGCUUCAGAGAAAUACCAUCAUGAAAACCAUUCCCACCACCGUCUCAUCCCUAAAAUAAACAAAUCAUCAACUUUCAGUUUUCUCCUGAAAACACCGACAAAACGGGAGGAGAAGAAAUCAUGUAGCAGAUGAAACAUGGAUGUACAGAUAAUAUUUCAGCAGGAAAUCUUCUGUCAGCAGAUCUUUUACACUGAAAUUUAAAGUGAAACGCCACGUGCAAAAUGAACUUUUGUUUAAUUUAUAACCUCUUCACUGUUCCCUUCAGAAAUCACAAUCCACUGAGGAGGACGCACACGUGGUUCAGCCUCCGAUUUUCAUCCACAUCCAGAGAACCUUCCGGAUAGAAACACAUAAAAAUGAGAGUUUUCUGAAGUUUGUUUCCAUUCAUGAAAAAGUCAAACUGGAGAGUGGCGUCAACAUUUUCAGGCUCUGUUUGAGGACAGAGCGGAUCUCUUUUCUGACUCUCUUAAGUCUGAUUUCUGAGAUUCUUCAGUCUUGACCAAAGUCGAGGAAUGACCGACUGAGUCAAACACAAACGGAUCAGACUAAAAGCUCAAAGUUUCCUCCUUUAACGUUUACACACAAACAUCUUAGAUUCUGAGUUUUCUCUCAGAACCUCGGACAUUUCGAUGCUUCAUCGAUUCAUCUUUAGAGGAAGUAAAGUGGCGCUGAGAAAAUGAUUUUUUUAAUGAUGUGAACGUGUUCUUUUCUCUUUUGUUCCAGGAACAAACGGCGUAACCAGAAAUCCUGACAGGUAACAUUGCUGGAAGGCACCAACCCAGCUGGGCUGGUUUUGAGUCACCAAAGUCGACGCCAGCAGCCGAAGAACUGGAACAGGAUCUGAAGUUGGUGAGCGCGCCUCUGUGGCGGUUUUGGUAAAGCUGAAAUAACUCUGCCUGUUGGCACAGAGCUGAGAGCGACACGCCCAAAACAAAGAAUCCUGCCCGGCGAGGCUUCGCAGCUUUGAAGGUGCAGACAGGUAACUCUUCCAGACUUUGUGUCAUUAAAACGGACCGAGAGAAAAACCUCAAACCGCCACGGAGCCAAAACCUGCCAGGAGAACCGGAUCCGAGGAGUACGGCAAAAUAUUUGUACACCAAACAUUUCAGCAGCUGAGGGGUUCAGGCGAGGUCGCGGGAGUCACAUGACCGAGAAAAUAGCUUUGAGUCAGCUGAUGGUGCGAACAACCAUCAGAUAAAAGACGGAGACGUGUUGAGUUCACUGCCCCGGGGAGAUAACAGCGGGUGGGUCACGCAAAACCAAAACAAGAGCGCGAGUCAAAGAGAGGGGCGACUGACGGCCGACACUCCGGGUCCUUUUCUGAUCCUCAAAACCAGAAAAAACGAAAAAAACAGUUUCUGGAUUUUUUUAUGUUUGUUUCAACGUAUAACUUGACUGAACACGUUUAACCCUCCUGUUUAAUUUAUUACGUUAAAAGAAAUGAUCUUUUAAAAAUUCACCAAAUUUAACCGACUUCUUCUUUCCUAACAAACUCAAACUCACUUACAUAAGUCGACUCAGAUACAGUAUCACUGAUGUAAUCUGUAAACCCGACAAACAAUCUUCUCUUUAAUCUCCAUGAGUCAAAACCUCGUGGUCCAUGUAGGGGGGAAAAAAGGCGCAGUUUCCAAACAUUCAUCUCUCUUCUUCUUCUUGUUUUAUUGAAAGAGAGUAAAAGUUCAAAAGAGUUUAGUCCAGAUUUUAUGAGGAUGUGAUCGGGAGGAAAAGGAAAUGUUUGUGGACAUUUUUCCUCAAAGCUGCUCGUUCCUCUGUUCGAUUAUAACCAGCCGACUACAGAUGAAACCUGAAAAGAUCUAACGGGUUCAGGCAGGACGGAGAUCUGGUUCAGGUUCUUCUAUCAAACGUCACACAAACACACUGGAGGGUUUUUUGUUUUCCCUCCUGAGGUCAUCAUCCUAUCAGCGACAGCCGGGUCGUUCAGGACUGUCUGGUACCGAAUCACGUCCUCCCGUAUCUUCACUCGGCGUCUAAAAUCAUGUUCGACCUCCAUCACCCUCCAUCGACCCAGAUCCGACGCCACAGGAGGAGCGGAAAUGUCAGAGGCGACGUGAGGACGCCUUGUCCUCGUUUGACGCUGAAAUCGACAAACGAGUUGUUGUCCUCUCGGCUUUGGUGUGUGAGGGCCUGCAGGCGGGCGGAGCGACACGAACCACCACUGAGACGUAUUGAGAGCCACAGCUGGAGCUUAUCUGAUCCUAAAUGUGGAAACAUGUGCAGCUCGCUCCGAUAAUAGAGACGCUGCUUUUUAAUCUUUAUGUUUCAAUCAUGAAGGAGGAGAAAUCGUCUCUGUAACUCGAUUGUUGUGACAUAUUCUAUUUUUUUCUCGGUGUUUUAUCACAGAGAUAUUUUCGGACGUCGCAGCGAAGCCUGUUCUGGAAAAGGUCACGUCGAAUCCCGGCUCCGAUCACUCCCAGACAGAUAUAGGACUGAAAAUAAAAACAUUGAUGGGCUCGGUUUAAUAUUCAGGAGAGAAAUGGAGUUUUCAAAGACAGUUCAGGGAUUUCUCCUUUUCUAAACUUUAGUUAUCUUUCUGAAGCUGUAAUUCAUUUUGCUUUUUCUAAGGGAGGCGUCGGCUCACCUCUACAGUUCAAUCAUGCGCUGAAUACGCAGCAGCCCUGGCCUCGACCCCGACCCUGGACCCUCUGCUGCUCCGCUCGUUUCCUCCUCUCAGCCCCGUCCUCUGAAUAAAGGAGCGCUUAGUAAAUAAUGAUCAAAAAUACAGUUAAAUAUCACCAGGAAUUCGGCGGGAACGUUGUUAUUUUAAUACGUUUGAAACUGUCACAUUUAAAGACCGGAAUUUACCAAAACGGAGAGGAGGAGGUGUUGAAAACCAUCAUGUGUCCUUCUCCCUCCAUGGAGAGACUCAUGUGUUCACAGCAGACAGAACCAGCACCGAUAUGAACGAAUGAAUCAUUUCUUUGUUUAAUUCGUAUAAAUGAUGUAAUCAGCAUGUGAGAGGUGAGAUCCUUCACGCUGUCAAAUGUGGUGAAGGUUAUUGUUCUCAACUUAACGGAUAAUCUGUCAUUGAAUGGCUCCACUCCGGCACAGUGGGCAAGGCAAGGCUUCUAUUUUUGCCGGACGCCGGAGAACAGCGCAUCAACUCAGUGCAGCGACAGUGAAAGUUGUAAAGUCAAAACCUUGAACUGUUCUUCACUUGAUUAUAGGAGGACGUGGGUGUUUAUUUGCGCCGCCGUUUACCGAUCUGCGGCUCUCAUUCUGUGAUUCCCGGGGAAACACGCGAGAUCUCGUCCAGUCCUGCGAGAACCAUCGGUAAUGUCGCGAGUGCUUCUCCUCCAAUCGUGGCGAUGGAUCGGAUCCGGUUGGUGCUAAAUGCUUGCGUGUUUGAUCUGCCUGCUGGUCCAGAGGAUAGUUGUUCGUUUGAGAGCGUCAAACGCCAAGCCGACCAAUCACAGAGCCAAAGUCGACUUCUACGCCACAUGGUCAAACGCAGAAGUAAAAACCAGGCGGCGCCACUUUUUAUACUCCUCAGUCUGUCUUUCCUGUCCAACCAACAGACAUGUCAUUGAUUUGACUCGUGCUAAGCCCCGCCCACUAAAAUCGUCACAUCGAGGACUAAUGGGGCGCUCACACCAAGCGCCAUUAAAAUCAUCUACUCGCUUAAUUCGCGCGAAUCGCGUGAAUAAAUAGUAUUUACUCGCUUCAUUCGGGUGUCAGCGGUAAUUCCAACAGUCUGUCAGAUCAACAGGCGAAAAUCAAGUGAUCGAUAAAGUUUUUUUUACGAUUUAUCAGGUAAUCCGACCUCUUCGCUGACUUUCCAUAUCAUUAUCACAGUCAGUCUGUCCUCCAUUUUAGAUUCCAGAUAAACGACGUUUUUAUACGUCACCCGGAAACCUUCGUGCUGGUCAGUCAUCGCCACACAAGUAUCCACUCAGACUGAGACAUUGUCAGCUCACACCCAAUCAGCAUCAUUCACACCACCGGAGUAGUCCGAGCGUCAAAUCGUAAUUCAGUCACACGAAUGAUUUUACUCGUGGUUGGUGUGUGGAGACGGUAAGAGUGUCGAACGCCAAGCCGACCAAUCACAGAGCUCUAGUCGACCUCUACGCCACAUGGUUGAACGCAAAAGUAAAAACCAGGCUCAGCGACUUCUUACGCCCCUCAGUCUGUCUUUCCUGUCCAACCAUCAGACAUGUCAUUGUUUUAACUCAUGCUAAGCCCCGCCCACUAAAAUCAUCGAGGACUAACACUAAAAAGGUCCUCGAGUUUUUCUGAUCCUGGUCUUAAUCUUUCAUCAGUUCUUCGCAGGUUUUUUUGGUUCGUUGUGGUUACAGAGGUCGCCGUGAGGUUGUCGCCUUCUUUGGCGUCCUUCAGGUUUCAGCGUUUCCAAUCAUCCGCUUUAAAACACGGCGAGGAGGAGAAACUCGUUUUCCUCAAAUAGUUUCAGGAAUCAGUUUUUCGCUGAUGUGUGAGCUGCCUGAUCACAAGACGUCUCCGCUUCAUUUACGGCGUUUUUGAUCCGUUUUUUUCCUUUUUCGGUCGUCACUCCUGCUUCUCAUUUCCUCCUCAGAAUAACCAUGAGACGAAAGCGCCGCAGAUGAAUGUUUUCACAGCGUCAGCAGCUGUAAAGAAAAACAACAAAAGUGUGGUUUCCCGAGAGUCCGGAUGGAAACUUCUGGAACAAAGACGGUCUUCAGAUCCAUCAGGCCUCUAGGAGAUGUUAGUCGCCGUGACGACAGCAGAGAGGUCACCCAAAACACACAGAUACAGGCCCACAUUGUAGGUCCCCCUCUGUAUGUUCUUUGUUAGCCGACAUGAUUGUGGAACCACAAACCCGGAGCCUGAAGGUCCUACGGUGGAGCGAGAGCAGAAAUAACGGCAGCUUUAACGAGGAACGCUUUGAUGCGGCGCAGAUGUUCGGUCACAUGUUUGCACUAAAAAGAGUUUCAUCCAACCGAACGCUUCAUCACACACACGCUCCAUCUGUCUUAACUUUAACGCCUCAUGAUCGGAGCUUUUGUGAGAUCGAUCUGACGUUCCUGCAGCUGGAGAAUCUCCAACAAACAUCAGGAGAAACUCUGGAUCUACUGCAACAAACAAACUCAAGUCUAAUGUGACCAUGAAGGUUUUUUUUUUGUUUGGAUGGAAGUUAAAGAACGACAAACACACUCAGAUAAACUCAUGUGAGUUUAGUGACGUCUAAAAAGUGUUUAAGGUUUGAAAUAAAAUAAAAAGUUAUUCCAGG